AUGGGAAAUCAAUAAAGUUAAACAGAUCAAGUAUUAAAUUAAUUUGACCUAAGCGAAAUAACAAAUACAUAGUCAUAGGGUGUAGAAAAAAAGAAUAUAUUAGUAGAUCACUAAGAUACGGGAUUAGUUUAUUACUUGGUUACUGAUAGAUCAGUCGAAAAAAUGACAGAUCAAGUAAACAAUAAAUCUAAACUACCUAUUUUUGGUGUAGAUUAAACCUCACCUCAUAUAACUCAUAGCUUACUGUUAAAAUAAAACUAGAGAUAUCAUUAAUAAGAAGGAAAUUAAGAAAUAUACAAAUAAGGAGUGCUCAUUUUACUUAUUUUUUCUGAUAAUAAGUUAGCAAUUUUAAGUGGAGAUGAACUUAAAGUGUUAAAAACGAUAUAGCUCUUCGCUCCACUAGAAGCUUUUAAAUUAAACUUUAUUUAUGACAUUUCUCUUGUGAUAAAAGAGGAUAAUCAACAUAAGUAAAAAUAAUCAGAAUUCCUAUAGCAGUUAUUGAAAUAAAGAGAGGACUUUUAAGAUUUAUUAAAUUUGAAGGUAUUAAAUGGUGAAUUAGUCAACAAAGAUGAUUAAAAUAUCAAAGAAGCAGAGGAAGAUUAACAAAAUAAGUAAGAAAAAUAAAUAAGUGCAAAUACUGAAAAAGACAAAUAAAUUAAUGAGGAAUAGCAAAUUCGAAUGAAAUCAAAGACUUUACAAGAAACCAAUACAAAAAAUAAUAAUGAAGAAGAAAAUAAAAGCUAAUAAAAAAAUAUUGAAAACAAAAUCGAGGACGAAGAACAACUUGGAAGAUAAAAAAGUAAAAGCGUAAGUAUGAAAAAUACAAAAGAACUUAGUGAAGAGUAACAAUAAAAAUAUAAUGAAUAUAUGAAAUCUUAUUAUGAGACAUUUGUUUAAUCAUCAAAAAUCGUGAUGAAGGAUUUACUGUCAAUUUAAUCUAUUUGUUUCUCUCAAAAAAGUGUUAUCUUAACAGGCUAUAAAUGUGGACUUAUUUAGAAAGUUACUGUUGAGAAAAAUUUGAUAGAAGUAGAAGAAGAGUGUAUAUUUUUUAAUCCUCUCAAUCUCAAGCAGAAAGCUGAAAUAGAAAAUAUUGUUUCUUCUAAAUAAAAAGAUGGGGAAGUUAGCUGGUAUGAUUUAAAUAUUUUACCUUUAUAGAGCAUAUUUUGCAUAAAUGGCACUUACGUAAUAGCAGUUCAUUAAGAGUAGGAUGCUUCUUUGAAUAAUGAAAAUCAAAUAAAUGCUAAUAAUAGCAAUAAAUCAUUUGUUUAUGUUUAUGAAUAUUAGUAUGGAAGAAAAGUUAGCUAUUUUGAGGCUACAAACCAUAAGAUAUUGAAGACUGUAGUCAAUCCUCAUGAAGAUACCAACAGAAGCCUUAUGUAUAUAUUAGAUGACUAGUUAUUCUUAUCAGUUUACAACUUUGAAAAAGGAACAUUCAUUCAACUAUUUUCAUUAGAUUAAUCAAUGAAAUAUGUAGAUCUUAAUGCUUAAUUUUAUCCCAUAGAGCUGAUGUUUGCUUAAAUAGCUGAUAGGUAUAAAAUUUUGUAAAACCUACCUAAAUUUGAAGAUAAAUCUAUUGAGGGAGAUAUAUUCUUUUAUUUCACUGCUGAUUGCAAGACUUUAUUAACAUAGCUAGAUUACAAACCGAUCAAUUAAACAAUACCUUAAGCUAAUGGAUAAAAGCCAAUAAUGAAAAAGGUGAUUAACUAACGCAAUUUAAAAAUCUUAAAUCCUAAAAUAGAUUGUAAAUAUAAAACAAGCGUGUAUUAUGCAGAAUAAGAUGUUCUUUUUAUAGCUGGAGAAAAUGGAUAAUUAUUGAAGUUUACUAAUUUUCUAGCUAGUAUUUAUUACUUUUUAUGA